GCUAUUCCACUAGUUCUAUACCACUUCUGGAACACAGAUCAGGAUGCGGUUCGUCGGUUGUGCCUUCUUGGCUUUCGCUUGCCUGGCGGCCUUCCCCAGUGCCACGCCCGUUCUCUUGGCUCCUAUCCGAUAUGUAAAUGGAACCCAGGCUGCCCAGAGCAACUUUGCCCUGGAGCUGAGGGGAGUAAUUCGUCAGAUACCCAAGGACCAGAUCGAGAAACUGGUGCAGACCUACCUCCUCAAUGAUAUCGAGUUCCAGGGUCUGAUCAGGGCAAUCAACUCCCUGCCGGCCUACAGAUUCUACCGGCAGUUGGCCAACCAGCCCGAGGUGCGGCAGCUGCAGCAGUGGGUCACCCAACAGCUGAUCCUGGCCGGCGGCUCCCCCAAGAUAUUCGACUACCUGGAACUGGAGAUCAAGAUCUUCAACAAGUACCCCUACUGGUCGCAGAUUGUGAAUGGCAUCCGCGGCUUCCAGUCGGAGCUCGUGCAGAUCUACCCGGUGCAACUCAUUCGCAGUCUCCUGGAGCCCAGUGCCAGCCAAACCAGUCCUCUGCUGUCCGAACUCUGGCGUCGUCUGGUGGCCUUGCGUCCGGUUUACGAAAGGGUCUUGGCCACUCCCCCCGGCAAGGUCAUCACUGCUGAGCUCCAGCGACUGGGCGUGGAUGUGGGUGGUGUGGACGCCCUGAUUCGGUACCAAUUCGGCUGGAGCAACGUCACGGUGAGCAACUCCUAUCCCAACUACGAUUACUACCUGUACUAGAGAUGUAUUUCGGAAGUGGAUAAGGCAAAUGGACCUAGUUUUAUCACCAUUCAAGUAUUACCAAAGGAAUUCCCAGUAAACAUAAGUUUAAUCAAAUUCUGUUUAAUAAGCGUGGCUGUUCUGGUUUUAUAAAUAUUUUAACUUACACAUACCUAACUGUUUCGUGAUUUAUUUUGACUUUUGAAAAUAAGUAAAAUUAUGGCAUUAUUAUAA